AUAUGUACUUUGUGUCCCUGGUUACCGAGGCCUCUAACCCCUAUUUUAACCGCGCACCCCGCUCCCCACAAAUGACGACGGCCCGCCGUGCAAACCCCAACCUCGGCACAUCUGCCUCACUUCAUAUCAUGCAUCGACAUCGAGUCUGCUCCGAAGCUCAAGUAUUGAUUAUAAAACAUUUCUGUUCCUGAUUGUUGAGCAAGUAAUCAUAGCCCACACAUGCUUGCAGCUACCAUUGGACGACGACUCUGAUCAACGCAUGCGAGAAUGCCAGGCCCCAGAUUGACGCUUUAUGUCGAUACCGUAUCCCCCUUCGCAUAUGAAGCUUAUUAUAUUCUACGUAAUGACCCCGUGUUCAAGAAAUGUGAAAUCAUUUAUGUUCCCAUCUUCCUCGGUGGUGUGAUGAAGGCGUGUGGUAACACACCUCCAAUCAAGGUCAAAAAUAAAGAUAAAUGGAUCGAUGUGGAGCGAGUUCGUUGGGCGCGCCUCUUUUCUAUUCCUAUGGAUGAGAAAACGCUGGAUGGCUUUCCACCGUUGACUUUACUCAUCAUGCGCACACUGUGUGCCCUCACAAUUUUGUAUCCUGGCAGUCAGGGGCAGGGUAAGUUGAUGAAAGCAUUGGAUGCUCUUUACCCCGCGUAUUGGGUUGAGCACAAGAAGACGAAUGAGAGGGAGGUGCUGGCAGAGAUUCUGGGGAAGGUGUUGGGCGAGGAGGAUGCGGGAAAAGCGAUGAAGAUGGCGGGGAAGGAGGGGAAGGAGUUGCUGGGAGAGAACACCGAUAGGGCGUUGGCGGAUGGCGCUUUUGGACUACCGUGGUUCGUUGCUACUAAUGGGGAGGGAAAGACGGAGACCUUCUGGGGAGUCGAUCAUUUCGGCCAAGUCACUGCACAUCUUGGGUUGGAGAAGCCGAAGAUGGGUGGAUGGAAAGCAAUGUUGUAGACCUGGAAGUUGGUGUUGGUUGGAACAAUCACCGUGCCCUCAACCUAAUGAUAUGGAAUGUGCGGUUUCUUUAAACCGUGGCGUGUUUACGGAGAUUAGCGCUUUU